GCCUAAGCAAUAGAUUCCGUCGCAUCUUUUAGGGACAAACUGCAUCCGUCUUCCGUUGUGAACCCUCAAUGUUUGUAACGCGAUCGUUCUUACGGGGGGAAAUGCGCUUCUCAUGCUUGACCCGUCAGUUCUCAGAUAGCAGCCGUUGAGGCGAAAGUUAAGAGAACUUUAGGCGAGACUCCAUUGGUUUUCCGGGGCAAUAGCCAGCUGCAUUGUUGGCAGCCGUUAGCUAGGCGAAUCACAUUUUCCUUCUUGGCAGUUUAUCCCCAUUAUUGGCUUGGCGCGAUGAAGGUGGUCGCGCUAGUGAGCGGGGGGAAGGACAGCUGUUUCAACAUGAUGGAGUGUACGCGAUAUGGACAUGAGGUGGUGGCGCUGGCGAAUCUGCUUCCAUCAGAUGAUGAAACGGACGAGCUGGACAGUUUCAUGUUCCAAACGGUGGGCCAUCAGGUGAUUGCAGCAUACGCCACCUGCAUGGGGCUGCCUCUCUUCCGACGCCGGAUCAAAGGCUCUUCCAAGCACCUGGCAAUGAAGUACCGUACGACUGCAGGGGACGAGGUGGAGGACAUGGAGGUGCUGCUCAGGGUGGUCAAGAAGCACCUGCCAGACGUCCAGGGAGUGUCGGUGGGCGCAAUAGCGUCGGACUACCAGCGAGUGAGGGUGGAGCACGUGUGCUCUAGGCUGGGCCUCACUCCCCUCGCCUACUUGUGGCAGCGACCACAGAAGGCUCUGCUGGAUGACAUGAUCGCAUCGGGCAUCCACGCCGUUCUCAUCAAGGUGGCAGCGCUGGGGCUACUGCCUGAGAAGCACCUGGGGAAGCGACUGGAGGAGAUCAGGGGCACCAUGUAUGCCCUGGCAGGCAAGUUCGGAGUGAAUGUGUGUGGGGAGGGGGGGGAGUACGAGACACUCACCCUCGACUGCCCACUUUUCAAGCAUGCGCGCAUAGUGGUGGACGAUUCUCACAUCAUCCUACACUCGCCAGACCCAGUGGCCCCAGUUGGUGUGCUACGUAUCACAGCCUUCCACGUGGCACAGAAGAGGCAGGAUGGGAGUGAGGGUGGUGAUGGUGAUGCUGCUGCUGCUCACGUGUCUCUCCCUCCUCCGGUUAUCAUCGAUGCCAAUGAUGAAGAUGCUCUUAGCGAGGAUGGGGACGGCAGUCCCACAGCUGAGGAAGCAGCAAACAGAGCGGCAGAGGGAGUGCGGGUGGCAGUGACGGUGCAGCGGCACGGGUUUGCGCUCAUUGCAUGCGACACACAGGGAUGCGAUGGAGACGACCUGCACUCACAUCUCUCCCUCGCUCUCUCCUCCAUCUCCCACACUCUCCGCUCCCUCUCCCUCUCCUGGGCCCACACUCUCUACGUCCACCUAUACCUCGCUGACAUGGCACAAUUCGGCGCCGCCAACUCAGCGUACGUGCGCCACAUCACCGAAGCCGAGUGUGUGGAUGGGGUGCCUUCCCGGUCCACAGUGGAGCUGCCACUUGGCAGAGCCAGAAGCGGCACGGAAGGUUCUAGGAAAGGGUGCAGUGUGGCAGUUGAUGUGCUGGCAUGGGGUGGGGGAGCAAGAGGGGAGGGGAGCGGAGGGAGAGGAGGAGGGAGUGGUGGAGAGGAGAGGGAGGAGCAGCAAGACAAGGCUGCGAGGCAGAGAGCUGAGAAGCACGUGGUGCAUGUGAAGGGCGUGUCGUGCUGGGCGCCUUCAUGCAUCGGCCCCUACAGCCAGUGCACGAGCCACAAUGGGGUGCUGUGGAUGGCGGGCCAGCUGGGCUUGGACCCACCCAUUAUGGAAUUGGUGACAGGGGGCGCCAAGGCACAGGCAGAGAGGGCUCUGAGGAGCUGCGAGGCCGUGGCUGCUGUGAGAUGGGUUCGGAAGGGGGGUUUGAGUGUGGAGAGGGAUUGUAUCGCUAUGAUAGUGUAUUUGGCACAGGAUGUGGGUGCGGAGGAGAGACAGGAGGUGGCACGGGCAGUUGAGGGGUUUUUUGCAGCUGCCCGGCAGACGAGGAGGGAGAUACGGGCAGCAGCGGAAGGGAGUGGGAGGAGGGAAGACGAGAGCGGGGAGGAGGGGGAGGUGGAGGAGGGGGAGGAGGAUGAGGAGGAGGCAGUAGGAGUGUUAGCAUCUGACCCGCUGCUGCAGUUUGUGGUGGUGCCGGGACUGCCUAAAGGUGCUGCUGUUGAGAUCGCUCCGCUACUAGCUGCCCCAUCACUCUCCUCUCACUCCUCCUCCUCGUCUCAUGCAGCCUCAGUCGCCCUGUGGCCGAGCACUCUCACUCCCCUCCGCCUCCUGUCCACGUCAGCAGCCUGCCACGUGUCAUCUCUAGGAAACCAGCUGGCAGGGAUGGGCUUGGGAGAAUGGAAAGGGGGGGCCGAGGAUGCAGAGGGAGAAAAGCAGGCAGAUGCUGUCAUGCAGACAGGGGCAAAGGAGACCGACAGAGGAAUCGAAAAUACGGCAGAGGGAGCGGAAGGGAGAAGAGAGGGGGAAGACGGGGAAGCACAGAGGCUGGACGUGGCGGGAGGGGCAGAAGGGUUCAGUGUUGUUGGGCGCGGCACAGCAGCUGCAGGUGCUUUCUGCCGCGUGCACCUGUGGGUGGAGCGAGCGAGGGAAGAGAGGAGGCAAGAGCGUGGACAGGAGCGUACAGUUGUAGAGGCAGUGAAUGAGGAUGGAGGGGACGGGGAAGUCAUGGGGGCACCUGCUGACGCACCUGCUGACACACCUGCUGACGCACCUGCUGACGCACCUGCUGACGGCUUGCUUGAUGGCAUCGCUGGCACGUGCGUCAGAGUGCUCUCAGAUGCUCUCCACGUGGCAUGCCUCGAUUGGCCCGAUGUUGCGAUGCUUCGGGUGUACAUACGAGCUGGAGGGACUAUUCCCAUCCCUGCCAUGUCACUCGCCCUUGAGAACCAUCUCUCCAAGGUUGUCUUGUCCCAGCCCUCUCAUGCAACAUCCGCUUCAACCCAGCAGCCUGGUCCUGCUGCUGCUGUUGUUGUUGCUGCUGCUGCUGCUGCUGUGCCGUGCCCGAUAGUGGUGCCAGUGGAGGCAGUGGGCCCCACAGCUGCUGCUGAUGCCCUCCUGGCAGUAGAGCUGACUGCGUUUGGUUUGUGACGCUAGCUGUUCGAGUUGACCCAGAUACACUCCACUGCUGAUGUGCCCUACCUAUCCCCAUAGUGGUGCCACAAGAAGCAAUGGGCCCGACUUCUGCAGCUGAUGCCUUCCUGGCAAUAGAGCUGACUGCGUUUGGGGCAAGUUGGUUGGGGUAACCAUGGUUUACCCUGAUGGCAUGAUUGUGCCAGUGGUGGCAGUGGGCUUAUGGUGCAACAUCGACAUGAUGAACCAAAACCCCAGCUUGUCGUCCAACUGAGGGUUGAGAUUCAGACAUCUCUAAGAUGCACUGCGGCCUACCCAUCAAGUUAGCUCUCGCUUUGUCCUGGUUGGCUGCAGUUGCCCCACAGUUUCUCUGCAGCUGCCUUCUUUUUUAGGCUUUUCUUUGUCCAGCCCAGUGGAACCUGUCAAUCAAUCUACCGUAAGAUC